AUGUCGGCACCGUCGCGGCGCCCCCUAUGCAAAUUUGGUGCAGACUGCUACCGAAAGAAUCCAGAUCACAAGAGGCAGUUUUGCCAUCCCGGCGACCCAGAUCAUCCGGACACACCAGCGGAAGCAAGAGAAGCUGUCCCUGAAGAAGAAGGAAUUGCAGAGACUCCAGUAACGCCCCUUCGAAGUGUAUCCGGUAUUGGUGCUCACAAAAGCUUUGCAGACCCAGGAGAGACCACGGAAGAUGCGGAAGUAAAAACUGUCAAAUGGUCUUCGAAGUUUGAAGAAUUCGGCCCUAGCACCGGAAGCGGGAGAAGGCCCAAGUCCGCUGUGGAUUUCGACGAAGGUGUGGAAGAUGCAGAGGUCCUCGAGGCCUUGGCGGUGACUCCAGUAGCCCGAAGUGCCACACGAACGGCGUGCAGAUAUGGCGAGGCAUGCUGGGACACGAGGCCAGACCAUAGAGCCAGGUUUGCUCAUCCGGGCGAUCCAGACCAUCCAUCCACUGUUUCUGCAGGCGCAUCUUCAUCAGUUGCUCGAACAUCUUUGAGAGAUCAUGGGCUUUCAACAUCGGGAAGAGAGGACGUGAUGGAAGGUACUGAUGUUGACUGGAACACGAUGGAAGUGCGGUCAGAUUCAAAGCCUGGAGAGAACAUUGGCGAAAGUGGCCUGUCACCGCUCAGAGGUCCAGAGGCGCGACCUAUUGAGUCUCCAUUCCCUCUGGCGGCUGAAGAUCCCAAUGAGGAAACAGAGGAGGAUGAGGCAGAGGAUGCAGAGGAGGCAGCAGAAAUCGACUUUCCAGUCAAGGCUAGAAAAAGAAGUGGGCCUAGCGGGAAAACAUGUGGUUUGCUUCUAUGUUGCGCUACUCUCCUUCCUGGCAUCGCGACUUUUCUUGCGAUCACGUUCGACAACAUGGUGCACCUCAGGGAAGAUCAACAGCUUGUGGAACCGACUUGGGACGGUGAGCGCGUUACGAAUGGACCUGGUACAGUGAUCAGCUGGCCGCAUGCCCGCAGAGAUGAAUUUGUAGUCCGCAAAGCAGACCGGCUUUCGGCCUUGCACUUUGCAGUGGUGAAGCAUCGACGGACCCAAGUAGUUCGCCAUCAGAAAGGGCCUGGUCUUCUGUUUCUUCGUGCGCUGGAGGACUUGGUGGAAAUAUUGCCUUUGAAAAAACUGCAGUUGACCCAGUACCAUCGGCUAGUGGAUGAGCUUACUGGCGACGAGCGAAUUGUCAGGGGCCCUCAGGCUUAUGCCCCGGAACCUUUGGAAAGCAUUGUGCAGCCAGAUUGCUGGCUUCGGUACGACGUCUAUUUUGAGGGAAAGGGACUUGGACAAGACCUCCAAGCGACAACCAUCGAAAACAGCAAGCUAAAGUGCUCCAGCAUGGAAUCCUGCAGCGCUUUUAGCUUCUGCAAUAUAAAUGGACAGAAGAUCUGCUACUACUAUAGCCGCGAGCCACGGACCGAACAAGAUGCAUCUGACGCAUCUGACACUAACAACUCUUUCGAUCCCUCUCGAUGCUCGACAUAUGGCAGAGUGGCCUGUGCCGAGACCGAUCCUCCUCAAGAAGCAGUGAUGAUCAAUGCCUUUCAAGCAAUGGUUGUGGAGAAUAAGACCUCAGGCUUGCUUCGCUUAGUGAAGACACCUGGGCUCUUCUUCCCUUCGGCCUAUGAGGUUCUGCGAGAAUGGAAGCAUGCCAUCCUGGUUGAAGAGGUGUCGUAUGCUGUGGUCAAGGACACGCUGACGGGUGUGACAACUGUGAAACCUGGGCCCACCUUGGUGAUGCUGGAGGCAUACGAGAUACUUGUCAAGAUCGGCACCAAGCUGGUGGUGAAGAAGGAUGAGUUCCUUCGUUUGGUCGACAGACGCACUGGAGCUGAGGAGGUUGUUGUGGGUCCAGCCGCAGUUUCGCCAGCCCUGGAGGAAGAAGUGCCUGAUGGUGUCCAGAGCACGGCCUUGCUGGAUCCUUUGACUUCUGCAAUUCUCCUGGACAAGGCUACCGGACAGCAGCAGCUGAAGGUGAACACAGGAAUUUUGGCGCCGAAUGCGUACCAGAGUAUCCUGGAAGUUCGGCCCAAAGUGCGAGUGCUCGAUCACCAGGCGGCCGUGACACGCGCUCCGGAUGGACAGCUGACCUUGCACACCAGCUCUUUCUUCCUCGCUCCAUACCAUGAGAUCUUUUCACUGGGGUGGUCUGCCUACAACGGCUACGUGACUGAGCCCGCGCCAAAGAUAAGUGUGAGUGUCAUCGAUCUUCGUGUCCAGAGGCUGCCAUGGCGGUACAUGGCGCUCACCAGUGACAAUGUUCGAAUUCAACUCACAGGGACUACAUUUUGGAGCGUGUCUGAUGCUCUCAAGAUGGUCACUUCAAGUGAAGAUGCCCCUGCAGACGUGGCGCAGCGCUCUAAAGCGAAGCUCUUGAGCCAAGUUGCGCAGGUCAAAUAUAAAGACUUCAUGGCAUCUAUGACGGCCAUCAUCGACCAGACCUCUCUGCAGCAAGCUGCCGAUGUCUUCUACUCGGACCGAGGUCUGUCAGUCUCCAGAGUCGAGAUUGUUGGGUAUGAAGCUAUCGAUGAUGCUGUUGCUACAACCUUGAGAAGUACUGUGGUAGAAGUCGCCACCCAGGUGAGCCGAAUGAUACAGGCACAGACGGUGAUCGAUGUAAAUUCUGCAAAGAUGAACGGGGAGAUCAGGCUGGCAAAGCUCCAAACUGAAUUCAUCCAGUCAAAGUCCGUGAACGAUUUGCUCCUGGCUAUUAGCGAAGGCGUUAAGGAGGGAACGAGACUGGUGGAAGAGGCAAAAGCAUUCCUCGACGGCUUGAACACCUCAAUCAAUGAGACGGAGAGCCGUGUGGAUCUGCAUUUUGGCAGCAGGCAAGCCUAG